CGUAAGUUGCGCGCUCCUCAGUGUUGUGUGUACCGUGCAUGUCACAGUAAUAUCCUUGUCAUUAUAACUACACUUCAUUUCCAUUUUUGCUUAUAGGUGGCAGCUCAUACCCGGUCCUGGUGCUGCGCCUCCUCGGAGAUUCUACUCGCCGAUGCUUCUACAUACUAGGUCCGUGCGCCCUUAAAUAAUCUGCACUUUGGGGCUUUGUAAGUCGUCUUUUCUCUGUCUUCUUCGUGUGUUCCCCGCCUUUGCAACUCACUUUGCAUUUGUGAGUUAGCAUAACUUGAACUCCGAGAUAACUUCUACCCAACAACAGCCACCUCCAAUCAUGUCCAACACAAAGUCAGGGAGUGUCGAGAAGCAACUCCCAGAACUUCCUGAGGAUUGGAAACCUCCCUUGGGGUCCCGCGCUCAGCAGACCUUUGCGUUUCUCUGCACUCUCAUUCUUAACCAGCCUAAUCUCGAGAAAUUAUGGCGGGAGGUGAGAAAGGAAACGGGGUGGCAGAAGUAUAACGAUCGCUUGCACCACGAGGCGGUAGGUCUUCAUGUGGGCCAAGCACUGGUUUUUCUUGCGAGCAUGAUGUGCAUCUGGAAUACGCCACAUGGCGCUCAAAAUUUCGACGCCACUUCCAUCGAGUAUUGUUUUGCGCUGCUACACACGUCGUCCAUCUUCUCUGUCAUAGGACUACUUUUCCAGGUGUGCUUUUUCAGAUCAAACUUGAUGAUAGAGCUUUAUGAAAUUGGUAAAAAGGACAAGAAAUCAUUUGGGUUGGGGCGUUACGAUGUCUUGUAUCACGUCGGCUUGUUUCGUAUGUCCCAAUUCUGUCUUGCCUACUCUUUGGCAUCUAUCCUGGGCGCUCUUUCCAUCAUCCUUCUGGGGGCGAAUUACAUUAACUCUCUUACAGGAGUUGUGACUCUCGGCAAAUUCUUGGACGAUUUUUUUAUGCAGCGUCAUGUCAGUUUGGUGUGUCUCCUGUCUGCUAGUGUAUGGUUUGGCAUUUUCGUCCGUUCCAAAUUUUUCACAUAAUCGUGAUACACCUCUGGUGUUUUACUUUUCUGGUAGAACUCCUGAUAUUUAAUACCUAUGUGCUUGUUUCUCUAAUUUUAUACACGUUUAAUCAACUUGUGCC